AUGCAUCUAUUGGUUCACUUUUUGUUCUUGUCGCAGUUUGUAACUGCAUUAUUGACUGCCAAUGAUUAUUCCGUUGCUCCUGAGUUACUACCGGGUAUUUCUUCAAUAAAAGAUGAAUCUCAAAUCCCUAUUAUGUUUUCUGGUUUGAUACCAUUGUUUUCAAAUUCAAGUAUGCAAGAUUCCAAUAAAGAUAAGGAUUAUUUUUUUUGGAAGUUUAAGAAAAGAGACGUAAAUUCUAAAAGACUUAUUAUAUGGUUUAAUGGUGGACCUGGAUGCUCUUCAAUGGAUGGUGCUCUAGCUGAAACUGGUCCAUUUAGGGUCGAUCCUACAGGUAAAUUAUAUUUGAAUGAAGGUUCAUGGUAUAACAGAGCUGAUAUGGUAUUUGUUGACCAACCAGUAGGCACCGGAUUUUCUUCAUCAACACAAAAAAAGACAAACUUUGAUAAUGACUUAGAAUUAGUAUCGGAGCAUUUCAUGAGCUUUUUAAUAAAUUAUUUCACUAUCUUUCCAGGUGAUUUGGAAAAGGAAUUACUACUUGCAGGUGAAAGUUAUGCCGGCCAGUAUAUUCCAUAUUUUGCAAAGGCCAUCACUAAAUAUAAUGAAGGUAAUAAUGAUAAAAAAUUAAAUCUAAAAGCUAUGUUAAUCGGAAACGGUUGGAUUGAUCCAACUACUCAAUCACUUUCAUACGUCCCUUUUGCACUUGAAAAUAAUAUAAUCAAUAAAGAAUCAUCAAAUUUUCACAGAUUAUUGCAGGCACAUGAACAGUGCCAAAAUAAGAUAAAUUCUAAGAAAGAGAAAGAACAAUUUUCAUACCCUGAAUGUGACAGAAUAAUAAAUGCACUUCUAUUAUCCACAAGAGAUAAUUCGCCAAAUACACCAGCAAGUAAGGCUUGUCUUAAUGUGUAUGAUUUCAAAUUGAGGGACUCAUAUCCCGCCUGUGGUAUGAAUUGGCCAGCAGACAUAGCUUAUAUCCCAAAAUUCUUUUCUAAAGAAGGUGUUCUCGAAGCUUUGAAUUUAGAUCCAUCUGUAACACCAAAGUGGGGCGAAUGUAAUGAUGAUGUGCUUAAACGUUUAACUAACCCAACUGCAAAACCUUCUAUUCAUUAUUUACCUGAACUUUUAAAAACUGGAAUUGAAAUAAUAUUAUAUAAUGGAGCAAAUGAUAUUAUUUGUAACAAUAUAGGGGUUUUAGAUUCCAUUGAAAAAAUGCAAUGGGGUGGAUCAUCUGGAUUUACAAGUGCUUCUGAAUAUUACGAGUGGGUUUAUAGGGAUUUAAACAUCAAUGAAGAUCAAAAAGCUGGUUUUAUCCAUUAUGAUAAAAAUUUAACAUUUAUCAGUGUAUAUAAUGCAUCUCAUAUGGUACCAAAUGACAGAAGUUUGAUUAGCCGUGGUAUUCUAGACAUAUAUAUGAACAACGUCAUAUCUGAAAUUGAUGAAAAUGGUGGAGAAACAUUGAUCACUACUUCCGAUGAUAACUACUCAGAUGAUGACGAUCAGAAACAAGUUGAAAAACCCGACAUAAAUUCAGAUUAUUAUGAUUAUGAUUAUGCUUAUGAUUAUUAUUAUUAUAAUGAUGGAGUUCUAAAGUCAAAUGAAAAUGGGUCGGGAUCUGAAGGUCCACGUUCUCAUCCAAAGGCUAAGAUUACAUUAGCUCUAGUUUUUCUCCUUAUGAUAGUUGCUAUUUUAUCCACUGUUGUUUUACAAAAUCGUAGCCAACGCAGGCGCCCGAUUUUAAGAGAUCCAAAUAGAAGACACCCAACUUCUAAUAAAACUGUAUCUUGGGAUGUAAGCGAUGAUGAUAUCGAUUUUGCACUAGAUAAUGAUGAAGUAGAAUUAGCUAUCAAUCCAACUGAAAUUAGCAAAAAUUCAUCAAAGAGUAAGACUAAAAACGGUUACACAGCAGUAUCCAAUGAUGAAGAUAAUAAUGCAUUAGAAUUACAAGAUAUCUAA